GCCUUAUCAUCUCUUCUCAAACAAAUCUGGUUUCUCCCCUUUACUUUUUCCAUUUUUUCUCCACCGAAGAACAGAGAGUUAAUGUUGGCAAUCGAUUGAUUGAAACAUUUCUUCACUGAAAAUUUCUAAGAAGCGAUCUGACCUCAUGAGAUUCCUAUGAUGACUUCAAAUCUCUCUUCCUCCGAAGAACCUUGAGAAAGUUUCAUGCUAAGGGAAAUCAUGAGGAGGGGACUCCACAGUUUUAAAUACCAGUGGGUUCAAAACAAUGGAAUAUGGAUGGGUUUUUUGUUCAAAUCAAGUGUUAUGUUGUGUUUGAGACAUUGCCGCAAUGGAAAUCAUGGGCAGCAAUCGAGUAGAAGAUAUGGAAUUUGAAAGGGCCAGAAAAUGGAAAUGGAAGCUAUCCCCCCACAGAAUGAUACGAGAAAAUGGAAGAGAGGCAUGGGUUUCAGCCACGAAGUGAUUGAAUUUAACGAGGCAUGAAUGGUGAUUCAGUCGUCUUGGGUCCAUGUCGUGUGAGCUUGUACAACAGAUGGAAUCUGGUUGUUUGUGCCAUGAGUUUGCAGGAUACAGAGAACUCGAGAUGGAUGAUUGGUUGAGCUGAUAUGGGUUUUGUAUGAAUAUAAUGAACCAGAUGAUGGUUGUUCGGGUGGUUUGCAGUCGAUUGAAGUCAUAGUUGUUGCUGCGAUGGGUGAUCGUGAACAAGGUAGCAAAGACGUGAUUAAGUGGUACUGGCUGCGAUUGUUGAGGAAAGAAUGCAUGCUAUCUUUCAGAGGCUUGCUGAGGAUCGGAUUUUCAAUCAGAUUCCAAGGAUUCUUAUUACUGCCAAAGGGUAUCCAGACAUUGCUACAAGGUUUCUUCUGCAUCGAAUCAGCCGAGCUUUCCCAAAUUUGCCUAUAUUUGCACUGGUUGACUGGGCUAGCUAUACUUGGCACCUUUAAGUUCGGAAGUAUAGGGAUGGGUUUUGAGGCAUAUAAAUAUGCUUGCAAUGUUAAAUGGCUGGGAGUAUGAGGGAACAAUUUACAGCUCAUACCUGAAGAAUCGUACGUUCCACUGAAGCCACGUGAUCUGUAGAUAGCUAAAAGCUUGAUGUCCUGUGACAUGUUGCCGGUAAAUAAGAAAUUUAUGCACACAAAUUGUAACUCACAAUACUAUGUUACAUAAUGUUCUCAACUAUUAUUCAUGCAUCCUUGAUUGGUUUCGAAGAAAAUUACAAGGAUGCCUAGUGCUCAAAUAAUAGGUAUAGAUAACUGGAUUUGAUUACAGACACAGAUUUAAUUCAUGUGUUAUGUUAUCCAGUUGCAACGGUACUUGGCUGGAAUUGUUGCGUCGGAGAUGGAGAUUGGAAGGACAUAAUCUAGCAAAGAACGGUGACAAGAUUUAGCAGGUCACGGAAUCGGUGGUGGUUAUACUCUAGAGUCUACAAUGGGUUCUGUGUAGAAAUGCUGUUAUGAGUUUGUUCGAUGGAGUUCGACUCAAAAGUGUCGAUAGUUCUUGCCAUGCACCGUAAUUGGGUUCAUGAUGAGACAAAGUACUGUAAAGUCAGUGAAGAGAAAGGCAUGAAUUUGGUUGAGAAGCCGAAGAUGUUUAUGGUGUAGAAUCUCUGGGUGUUGUUCUGUAGCCAAGAUUUCUGGCUCAGAAUCAGUAAAACAUGCAUCUUAGUUGCAUAUAUGUAAGUUUUAAUGGAAAACUUUGUAAAACUUUGUUAUGAAAGAGUAGUUUUUGAUUUUUAACUUCA